AUGAAAAAAGAACUAAAUUCACGAAAAAGAAGUAAAAGUUAUACCCCAACCCCUCUAUCAUUAGGUGACGUCAGGGAAGUUGAAACUUCUUCACUAUCACCUUUACGAGGUCGUCCCUUACCUCCUUCUCGCCAAACAAAGUCGGUUCCUAACACUCCCCUCAAUAAUUCUUAUCAGUCUAACUACUCACCAACCUCACCUACUAUUAGUGAAACUAGUGAAUAUUCUUAUGAGAAUGAUGAUAGUGAAGCCGAGGAAGUUUACUACGAAACUAUUAUCAAAUUAUACGAAGAAGACAAACUUAAAACUGAUAGAGAAAUCACUGAUUUACACAAUGAAAUUCAUCGUUUAGAAGCAAACUUGGAAACUUUACAAACCGAGGGAGAAGCAAAAGAAAACAAGUUAAAAGAAACCCGCCAAAAACUUCACCAAGCAAGUCAAGAAAUCAAAUUAUUAGAAAAGGAAAAAGAAUCCAUUAGCCAAGAAUUAAAUCUGACUAAUGCCGACUUUUUAGAAAAAGACGAAGAAGUUAGGAAAUUAACUGAACGCUUAAACAAGGAAAUUGCUAAUGGCAAAUCCUUAGUAGAAAAAUUAGAAACCCAGCAAACCUUAGACUACGGCAUUUUAUCUCGGGCUAAAACUAUUUACUUGGAUCAUAGUAGAAGUGAUUCAACGAGUUCCUUAUCCACCCGAGUUCAAAGUCCUACUUUAGAUUUAGAAUUGGCUUUAAAAACUCCUAAAACAACUACUUUAAACCAAGAACUAAAAAGUCCUGGUUUGGAAGAAAGCGAGAAAAGAUUAAGCACCACCUUUGAUAAUUUACUGGCUAAUAUUAAUGAUUAUCAGCAAGAAAAAAGUCAGGUGGUAGAAAUUUCCACUGAAGCCUUUGCAGAAAUGGAAGCGAGAAUUGUUGAUUUAACCCAAGAGCGAGAAGCCUAUGAGCAACGAAUUCAGCAACAAGAAACUAUGGUUCAAGAACUGGCUCAGAAGAAUAUUCUCUUACAGGAGCAAUUAGCAACCGAACAAAACCAAACUAAACGGGUGAAGGACAUAGAACAGUCCCUCUUAAUCCUUAAUCAAAAUAAUCUAGAAUACCAAAGGGAAAAUAAUGAUUUGCAAGAACAAUUAAGGCAAAAAAAUUAUCAAUUACAAUCCACAGAAUUAAAAAAGGCUAAUCUGGAUAAUUUUAUCAAAAGUUUAGCCGAGAUUUUCCCUCUUUCAGAAACUCAAAAGGGUAAAUUGGACGAAGCCGAAGAACCUGAUACUAAACUUUUAUCUUUUUUAAAAACUAAUAUUUUUGGGGGAGUAAGUAAGUUAAAAACUAAAAUUGCUGAAUUAGAGGAAAAACAAAAGCAACAAGAAAAUAAAGAGGCUGACAAAAUGAAAAGAAUUAAAGAAUUAAUUAAACAAAUAUUAGAAGCGACAGCCUUCAUAAACGAAAUAAAAACCCAAUUGCAACAGACCCAGCAAGAAGUUUUAGAUUUAACCCAAGAACGGGAUAAAUUGACUACUGAAAGAGAUGAUGCCCUUAGUGAAUUGCAAAUAGAAAAGACUAAUCAUCAGCAGACCCAAACUGAAUUAGCUGCCACCAAAACCAGCCGGGAUAAUUUACAAAUUGAAUUAGACCAAGUAAAAACCGAAAGAGAUAAUUUAAAAAAUGAAAAAACCCAGAAGUCAGCCACUUUGGAAAAAGCCAAAACCAAUAUGGAUGAAUUGAUGGCUCAAGUUUUAGAUUUGAGAAAAACAGCGGACAGAAAUGAAAGAUUGGAGGAGGAAAAUAUUAAUUUGCUUAACCGAUGUGAUGAAGGAAUUGAAACAAUUAAGGAGGCAGACAGAAAACUCGAUGAGUCCAUAGAAGCCUUACAAGCAAAAGUUGUUCAGGAGGAAUUGUGCCAAAAAAUUAAAGUUUUGCAAGGCUAUAUUGCUGAAAUAAACCAAAUUUUUACUGAAAGUUUACAGAAUAAAGAAAGCGAAUUAUCAACUAAACAAAAAGAACUCCAAGUCAUUGAAGAAAAAUUAUUAACUUGCCACCAUCAAUUUACUAAUUUGCGAACAAUUAGCCAAAUUUAG